CAUUCGUGUUGAUUGACGAAGACUCGACUGGUUUCAGUCAGACGCAGAGCUCCUUAGUCGCGGCAAGAUCUUUGCCGUGAGAGUUUCACUGUCAGUCUACAGAAAAACAAUGAAAGACCAACAGGAAGCUACUCCAUGCCAGAAAAAACCAACAAAGCUCAGAAAUUUAAUUUACAAAACUGAAGCUUUUGAUUCUCUUCAUCCAAAAGGCAUAGAGAAAACAUUAUGCUCAAAUCAAGUAUGCCUAGGAAGUAUUAUGAGCCUUCCAUUUCAUGGGACAGAACCUAGAAAAAAAGAAGAUAUCCUGGUGCAUGCUAAAGACUUUUUGGAGCAAUACUUUACAUCCAUUCGAAGAUUAAAUAGUGAAGCUCAUCGUUCUCGAUGGGAAAGUGUCCAAAAAGAAGUUCUUUCAACAGGAACUUACCAACUAAGUGAAACAGAAUUAGUUUUUGGUGCUAAACUAGCUUGGAGGAAUGCUGCUCGUUGUAUUGGUCGUAUCCAAUGGUCUAAACUUCAAGUAUUUGACUGUCGAUAUGUUACAACAACAAGUGGAAUGUUUGAGGCUCUUUGCAAUCAUAUAAAAUACGGCACUAACAAAGGAAACAUCAGAUCUGCUAUCACUAUUUUUCCACAAAGAACAGAUGGAAAACAUGACUUUAGAGUGUGGAAUGCUCAAUUAAUUUCUUAUGCCGGUUACAAAAAUAAAGAUGGAACCAUUCUGGGUGAUCCAGCCAACGUAGAAUUUACUGAAUUGUGUUUCAAGUUAGGAUGGAGAGGGCCACGAUCUGGAAUUCGUACAAAAUUUGAUGUACUGCCUUUAGUUCUUUCAGCGAAUGGACAUGAUCCUGACUAUUUCGAUAUUCCACCUGAACUUAUUCUUGAAUUACCUAUUAUUCAUCCGACGUAUAAAUGGUUUGAAGAAUUGCAAUUAAAGUGGUAUGCUCUACCGGCGGUAUCUUCAAUGGUUUUCGAUUGCGGCGGACUAGAGUUCACAGCUGCUCCUUUCAAUGGCUGGUAUAUGAGUACCGAAAUUGGAGCACGGAAUUUUUGUGACGUCAAUCGCUAUAAUCUUUUAGAAACGAUUGCUGUACAUAUGGGAUUAGACACGAGAACAUCAAUAUCUUUGUGGAAAGAUAAGGCAAUGAUUGAAGCGAAUGUGGCAGUUUUGUAUAGUUUCCAGAUGAAAAAUGUGACAAUUGUAGACCAUCAUACUGCAUCGGAAUCUUUCAUGAAACAUUACGAGAAUGAAAUGAGAUUACGAAAAGGAUGUCCAGCAGAUUGGCUAUGGAUAGUUCCACCCGUAUCUGGAUCGGCAACUCCAGUAUUUCAUCAGGAAAUGGCACUUUACCAUCUUAAGCCUUCUUAUGAUGCUCAGGAUCCAGCUUGGAAAGUUCAUAUUUGGAAAAAAGGUCGAGACAAAAAGUGUACAUCGAAAAAGCCAAGAAGAAAAUUCCAUUUUAAACAGAUAGCAAGAGCUGUGAAAUUUACAUCGAAAUUGUUUGGCCGAGCACUCUCUCGACGAAUCAAAGCAACAGUUCUCUUUGCAACGGAGACAGGAACAUCACAGAUGUAUGCAGAAAAGCUUGGAGAACUUCUAGGUCAUGCUUUUCACUCACAAGUCCUUAGAAUGGAUGAAUAUGACAUCAGUAAUAUUGAACAUGAAGCAUUAUUACUCGUUAUUACUUCAACUUUUGGUAAUGGAGAUCCUCCAGAAAAUGGAGAAGCAUUUGCACAAAAUCUUUAUGCUAUGAAAAUGAAUGAGACUUAUAACAAUAGCGAAUCAAAGAUUAAUUUAGCUUCUUCAAAAUCAUUUAUAAAAGCUAAUAGCCAGACAGAAGUAGGAAAUGCUAAAAAAUUAGACAGACUAGAUUCGUUAAGAGGAUCCACCACUGACUCCCAAAAUGAAGAUACUUUUGGACCACUGAGCAAUGUUAGGUUUGCAGUUUUUGCAUUGGGUUCAUCGGCAUAUCCAAAUUUCUGUGCAUUUGGUCGUUACGUAGAUAAUUUACUCGGAGAAUUAGGUGGAGAACGACUUCUCAAGCUUUCACAAGGUGAUGAAAUGUGCGGACAAGAGCAAGCUUUUCGAAAAUGGGCCGCCGAUACUUUUGCUGUUGCAUGUGAAACAUUCUGUCUUGAUGAUGAUGAUACGUUACUAGAAGUUGCUUUAUCAUUAGGAUCAGAAGCGUUAUCAAAGUCUACCGUAAGAUUUGUUGAAGCUGACCCUCAACCAAUUGCCAAAGCUUUGAUGAAAUGCCACAAUAGAAAUGUCACAACUUGUAACAUGUUAAGGAAAACUAAUUUAAAUAGAAAUGAUACUGGGGCAACGACGUUACUGCUUGAGCUAGAUGAUUUAGCAAGUAUGGAAAUUGCCUAUAAACCAGGAGAUCACUUAGGAGUAUUUGCAUGUAACAAAAGCGAAUUAGUAGAAGGAAUUCUAGCAAGAAUAGAACCAACGAUGGAUUUCGAUACUCCUGUGGAACUCCAAACGCAAAAACAAUCACAUACUCCGAAUGGAAUUAUUAAAUCAUGGAUUCCUCAUGAAAGAUUUUCGCCAAAUUCUCUGAGGAUGUUAUUAACAAGAUUUCUAGAUAUAACAACUCCACCUACGCCGAAUUUAUUAAGAUACUUUGCAUCUAUAGCUGAAAAUCCCAAAGAAAAGACUCAACUCAAUCUUUUAGCAACUGAUUCAGCUGCUUACGAGGAUUGGAAACAUUGGAAAUAUCCAAAUUUAUUGGAGGUAUUGGAAGAAUUUCCUUCUGUCAAACCUUAUGCGCCAUUAUUCGUUCUUCACCUAACACCACUUCAACCAAGGUUCUAUAGCAUAUCUUCUUCUCCACUUGUCCAUCAGGGUCAAAUUCAUCUGACCGUUGCUGUGGUUCAAUAUCAAUCUCAAGGUGGAACUGGGCCAAUUCAUUAUGGCGUUUGUUCGAAUUAUCUGAACGAAAUACAUGAUGGUGAACCAUUAUACGUAUUUGUACGCAGUGCACCGAAUUUCUACAUGCCACUUGAAGUCAAAGCACCCAUGAUCUUAGUAGGACCUGGUACAGGAAUUGCUCCAUUCCGAGGAUUUUGGCAUCAUCGACGUGCAGAAAUGCAAAUAAAAUGUGGAGAAGAUUUCGGAAAGAUAUGGUUAUUCUUUGGGUGCCGUCAAAACGGCUUGGAUUUGUAUCGACAAGAAAAACAAGAAAUGCUAGAGUUAGGAGUAUUAGAUAAAGUUUUUAUUGCUCUAUCACGUGAAAAAGGAUUAAAAAAGACUUAUGUACAAGACUUAAUUUUAUCAGAAGCUCAACAGAUUUAUAAUAUGUUAAUUUAUGAGAAUGGACAUUUUUACGUUUGUGGCGAUUGUACGAUGGCUGAAGAUGUCUAUCAAACAUUAAAACUGAUCAUUCAAACACAUGGACAAAUGUCUGAUAAAGAAGUGGAAGCUUAUAUGCUUUCGAUGAGAGAUCAAAAUAGAUACCAUGAAGACAUCUUUGGAAUUACUUUCCGUACUGCAGAAGUACAUAAUCGUUCACGUGAGACAGCUAGAUCACGUCUCUCAACUAAUGAACCUUUAUCAACUUGAAUUCGUUGACCAUUACAAUUAUUAUUUGAUACGAAGCAUAUCGUGAGUCUGUGAAGAUAAAUAAAUUAUACGAAAGAAACCAAAAAAUUAAUAUCAAUAUCAAAAUAAAAUAUUCAGCUAUGAAUGACUUUUCAAAUUAAAUGCAUGAAAUAAUUGAUUCUUCCAUAUUUUAA